AUGGACCUGAACGAAAUCGAGAAGCGAAUCGCCGAUAUUGAGGAGAUUUUGGGAAUCGAUGAUCUCACGACGACCAAGUCAAUCCCAUCCCAAAUCGACGCGCUCCAAUCCAAGCUUCGUGAUGACUGUAAGGCUAACCUGCUGAUGUCCAUCCCAAUUAAAAAGCUGGAGCAACUGAAUAAAAUUGCCACCGAGACAGCCGGCCCAUAUGGAUCCCUUGCCGACAAGGUGGAUUCUAUCAAGUUCGCCGAAAACCUGAUCAACGAGAGAGCGGAGAGAAUCAAGACGUUUUCGGAAGCUCUGGAGCCCUGCCUGGACAGCGAACUGUUCGGAAAGGUGGCCGAGUUGCAGCCAGAGCUUGACGCUCAAAUUGAGAAGUAUGAGAAGGCGUUGGAGGAGUGGACAAGCACGUACGGCGACUUCCAGACACUGAUCGCCGAAAGAGCCAUGAUCAAUCGUCGGAUAACUGAGAAAGUUCUCGAGCUUCAGAAGAAAAUUAUUUUGAAAUCUAGUGCUUCGAAUUCUGUAGAUAUUGAUGCAUAA